AUGUCUCAGCACUCCCUCGAAGGCGAUUUCAAGGGCCCAAUUCCAUUCCUUCUGAGCAGUAGAAUAGGCCUAUAAGAUGGAGAUCUUCAACCUUAAAGUUCAAGUAGUUUGAAUGCCCAAUCCCCUCGGCUGUUCCUUAGUUCGUAGUCAAAUCUGCAUAAGAAAUUGAAUGUGCUAUCGGCCAGCAUUGAGAUUGAAUGCCCUGUCAAUGUGAAGCCGAAUUUUAUGAAGCUGAUUGUGGCGAAAAGCAUAUAAAAUAAUUUCAUAAAAAACCUAAUCAAUCGCUCGUACGUAAGAUAAUUACAUUAAUUGACAUAAUAUCAAAUAUCUCAAUUGGAUGAUCUCCAAUUCUCGAUUGAAAAAACGGAGGUAAACAAGAAUUAAUAGAUAUUUGGAUUCAUCAAUGUAUUUACACCGCAUAGCAAAUUCCUAAUAUUUUGGAAUCUAUUUUAAAUAAUCACGUAUUUGGUGAUUUUUUUCUGGCUGCCAUUCAAGAUCUCAUUUGAAAUUUAUCAUCUUAGUUAAUUAUAUACUGAAUAAGACAGUCUAACUGUUGAGAUUAUUUUGAUGGCCAUUUUGGCAUUGGACAUAGCAGUUGGGAUGAACAUUGCAUUCAUCGACAAAGGACAAUUGAUCAAGGACAGGCAAAAAGUAAUAUUGAAUUACUUUUAGAAGAAUGCAUUCGUCGACUUAGUAUAAAUUCAUAAAUUAUUUUCGUGGUGUCUUUUGGAACUGCAACAAUUUAGUUUUUUGUGCCCCAUUUGA